GUCUGGCGAUGUGACGUCAUAAAGCUGCGCCACGCUCCUGCAUUUCUUAUUAUUCGGCUGAAGAACGACCUGAUGGCACUGAAAGAGGAGAGCCAAGAACUGAAUGAAACAGAAGAGAAAGAUCAAAAUGAGAAACAUGAUUUCAAAACUGAUUCGAUUAGUUGCUCACAGACGUCCUCACCAGAAAAAGCUCAAAAAACACAAAACGCACACCUUAAUUCCCACAUGAGAACUCGCACUCGAGAGAGACCUUUCACCUGCCAACAGUGUGGAGAAAUUUUCAUUCGAAAAGAAAGCCUUGAAGUUCACAUGACAAUUCACAUGGAAAAGAAGCCAUUAAUAUGCCCUCGGUGUGGAAAAUGUUUUACACAGAAAAAUCACCUUAAUGCCCACAUGAGAAUUCACACUGGAGAGAGACCUUACACCUGCAAACAGUGUGGGAAGAGCUACAGACAUAAUGUAAACCUUAAUAAUCACAUGAAGAUUCACUCGAGAGACAUUUUUAACUGUCAUCAGUGUGAAAGGAGUUUCACAGACGUGAAUCACCUCAAGAAUCAUGUAAUAACUCACACCAGAGGAGAGUGUUUCAUGUGCCAUCACUGUGGAAAGAGUUUCUCCAGAAAAGAUACCCUCAGUGUCCACAUGAGAAUCCACACGGGAGAGAAACCCUUCACCUGCCAACAGUGUGGAAAGAGCUUCGCUGUUAAACUAAACCUUAUAACUCACCUGAGAGUUCACACUGGAGAGAAGCCUUACAAGUGCCCUCAGUGUAAGAAGAGUUUCACAUGUAAAAGCAGCAUGAAACGUCAUUUGCAAACUCAUUCUCGGAAGAAAUCACCAUUUUCCUGAGAGUGACGAGGUUUAGAAAAAGGAGUGAUUUCUGCAAUCAUCUGUGCAUUCAUUCUGGAAGACAAUUCUAUUGUGAUACAAGUCGUAGCAAUAUGAGAUUAAAGUUAAGAUAUUUUGAGAAUAAAGUCAUAGCAAAGCCAGUAUAUUGCAUG